GAUGAACCUGGUUUAUGCUUUACUUUAAACACUUGUAGUGUUUUUAAUUUUACACGGAGAUACUUGAAUCUGCGUCUUCGCGCUCUGUGAGAUGUCGGUGACGAUGACUAUGCGGUGGCUGACGGCGGCGGCGGGGUCGGCGGUGUUUAUGGGACUCGGCGUUGGUUUGUGGUCGAUGACUUCAAGGGAAAGCCGGAGAGAAGAAAUCAUCAAGAAAUUGCCUGAAAGUCCACCGGAGAAAAUGGAUGAGGUGAGGAAGACAAAUGAGCUGAUCAUUCAGACGCUGAAGGAUGCAGCCAAAACCAAAAGCAACAUCGCAGCAACAUUGGGAAGUUCUUCAAAAUAGAGACAGGCCAACGUCCCCAUGUGGAUGGACUGACUGGUCCUGAUCGGGAUCCUGUUUGACCUUUUGUGUGCCGCAUGUCCUGAUUGGUCAUCGGGUACCAGUUGUACAGUGUCAUCGUAAAUAUUUAAUA